AUGGACGUCAACGAGAACUUCGUGGGCCUCGAGUUCAAUGCCGUCUACAUCGGCAUGUGCGCCUACCUGGUCUUCAUGAUCAUUCCUGGCCUGGCCCUCCUCUACGGCGGUCUUGCGCGCAGACGCUCCGCCCUGUCAAUGCUGUUCCUCGGAUUAGCAGUCACAGCCGUAACAACAUUCCAAUGGACCUUCUGGGGCUACUCCCUUGCCUAUUCCGACACCGCCGGCCCCUUCAUCGGCAACAUGGACAAGUUUGGCCUGCGCACGGUCAUGUCCGUACCCUCCGGCACCCUCCCUGAAAUCACUUUCUGCCUGUACCAGCUCAUGUUCUGCAUCGUCACCGUCAUGAUCCUGGUCGGUGGAACUUUCGAGCGCGGACGCAUCAUCCCCACCCUCGUUUUCGCCUGGUGCUGGGCUACCAUCGUCUACUGCCCCAUUGCAUGCUGGACCUGGAACGCAAACGGAUGGCUGUACAACCUGCCCUCGCUCGACUAUGCCGGCGGUGGCCCGGUCCACAUCGCUUCUGGCUGCGGUGCGCUCGCAUAUGCCAUCGCCCUGGGACCCCGUAAGUCCUACGGCCAGGCCCACCUCAGCAAGCCGCACAACAUCAGCAUGGUCUUUAUUGGCACAAUCCUGAUCUGGUUCGGCUGGUUCGGUUUCAACGGAGGCUCCACUCUCAACUCCUCCGUCCGCUCCUACCUGGCUGCGUACAACACCAACAUUGCCGCCUCCAUGGGCGUGGUGGGUUGGGUUAUCGUCGACAUGAUCCGGACCAAGGGCAAGUUCUCCGCUGCUGGCGCAUGUGAAGGCGCCAUUGCCGGCCUUGUCGGCAUCACCCCCGCGGCCGGUUAUGUUCAGAUCUGGCUCGCGGCUGUCAUUGGCCUGCUGACCGGUGCCGCCUGCGCAAGCCUGCACAACCUGAACAAAUGGAUCCGCGUGGACGAGGGUCUCGACGUCUUCAAGCUCCACGGCGUCGGCGGCAUGGUCGGAUCCUUCCUCACGGGUCUCUUCGCCACCAACGGGAUCUCGCUGCUCGAUGGCGCGACCGAGGCCCCUGGUGCCAUCGAUGGUGAAGGUGUCCAAGUCGCUCGUCAGCUCGCCGACAUCGCCUCUGUGGCCUCGUACUCAUUCGUCGUCUCCCUCAUCCUCGCGUUCGCGCUGAAGUUCAUCGGCCGAUUCGUGCCCCUCAUGGACAUCCGCAUCCACGAAGACGGCGAGCAAGAGGGCAUUGAUAUGCACGAGUUCUUCGAGGAGGAGGUCGGUGACUGGUCCAUCCUGUCGCACAAUGCUCACCCACCCACACUGGAAGGCAACAAGGUGUCGGCCCCCAGCAGCCCGCCCAACGGGAAGAUGGAAGAUACCAAGCCUGUGAACACCACUGUUUAG